AUGCGGGAGGCGAAGCUGGAGCCCGACGUCAUCAGCUACAAUGCUGGGAUUAGCGCGUGCGGGAAGGGCGAGCAGUGGCAACGGGCGCUGGCGCUGCUGAGCGAGAUGUGGGAGGCGAAGGUGGAGCCCAACGUCAUCAGCUACAGCGCUGGGGCCAGCGCGUGCGAGACGGGCGAGCAGUGGCAGCGGGCGCUGGCGCUGCUGGGCGAGAUGUGGGAGGCGAAGCUGGAGCCCAACUCUGCUACAACGCUGGGAUCAGCGCGUGCGGGAAGGGCGAGCAGUGGCAGCGGGCUUUGGCUUUGCUCAGCGGGAUAUGGGAGGCGAAGCUGGAGCCCAGGUAUGCUACAACUCUGCGAUAACCGCGUGCGAGAAGAGCGGUUGUUGGCGGCCAGCGUUGUCGUUGUUGGAGGAUUUGCGAGAGUCAGCGCUCCGGCCUGA